AUGCCAUUAAAAGCUGUGAAAGGCCAAGUAGUAGCAGGCUUUAUAGUUGAUCACUCCAUUGAUGUCGCCGCUUUAAACUAUGUUGAAUUAGGGCCGUGGAAGCUAUACUUCGACGGAUCUAGCCACAAAAAUGGCACGGGUGUCGGAGUCGUAAUUAUUUCUCUAAAUAAAAUUCCAACGACAUUCCUAUAUAAAGUAGAAGGUAUUUGUUCAAAUAACGAAGCUGAAUACGAAGCCAUCAUUGCAGGACUUGAAAUGUUGUUGGAAUUGGGGGCAACUCGGGUCGAGAUAAUGGGAGACUCAGAGCUAGUCAUAAAACAGACCACGAAAGAAUAUAUGUGUGUUAAGGAGAAUCUGAUCAUGUAUUCUAUAAUCGCCAGUCGAUUGUUGAAAAAGUUCGAAAUGGUUUAUAUUCAACAUAUACCACGAAUAGAGAACAUGCUAGCUAAUGACCUGGCCCAAAUCGCAUCUGGGUAUAAAAUUUUGAGAGAAAAGUUGCACAAAGCAAUAGAAGUCAGAGGAAAGGUAGUGGCAACCAUAUUAACUCCCAUGGAUUUAGAACAUACAAGAUUAGGAUGUGCUAAUGAGGGAAAUUUCGAAAUAUUGGCGAUAGACAACUUGGCAGAUGAAGACUAG